AUGGACGAUGUUGUUGUCGAUCCCAAUGAUCUCCUAAAACAAUUUGAUCCUGUAUCACGCACUCAACGUUCGCUGUUUGCUGAAUUUGAACGGCAACGUUGCCGUCUGGUUCAUCUUCUACGUUGGUAUGAUCAUCAGCAAACAGCUCGUGGAACAGAACUACGCCGUCAAUUCGAAUACUUGCAUAAAGAAACUCGACGACAAAUCUAUCAACGAUCAAAAAUGACAAUUAAAGAACGUGCUCGUUUAAAACAUCUGCUCGACCAAGAUGAAAAUGCUUUACCUUCAAUACAUCGUUCACAAACUCAAUUUCAAUCAAAAAAUCCUCUUGAUGAAAGAAAACGACAUGUCUACGGCUGUCUAUUACCACAAUUCAAAGCUCCGCUCGAGAAAAGUUUUGAUCAUUGGCUGCAGCAUUCUCUUCUCGAUCAGUCCGAAUAUGAAAAACGUCUUGAACGUCAACGAAAGCUAAUCAGCAAAUACGCUCAGUCCCCUCUUGAACAGCGAAACCGUAUGAAUUCCAUUCUUGGUAAGUGCUUAGAUCAACUAGUCGAAUGUGACAGUGAUGGUUACGAUCAUUUUCUUCGAACAAGUGAACCAAACCGUAAUGCACAAAUACUUGCACAACAAAACAAUAAAGAAAAAACAGAAAACCCAUUUCCAUAA